CCUCGGCGCCCAUUGGCUGUGCGGGUCGUGCCCGGGGUGUGGGGGCCGCAGUGCGCAGGCGCGGCCGCCGUGCGGGGCGGUCCUUCCCGGCUGCCUCAGCGCCGGCUCAUGGCGGCGGUGCCGUUACGGUUUUAAAUUGAAGAGAAAAUGUCACUUUACGAUGACUUGGGAGUUGAGACCAGCGAUUCUAAAACAGAAGGCUGGUCCAAAAAUUUCAAACUACUACAGUCACAGUUGCAGGUGAAGAAAGCAGCUCUCACACAAGCAAAGAGUCAGAGAACCAAACAAACAACAGUCCUUGCUCCGGUGAUUGACCUGAAACGAGGUAGUUCUUCUGAUGAGAGACAGAUUGUGGACACACCACCUCAUGUGGCAUCUGGGUUAAAGGAUCCUGUACCUAGCGGUUUUUCUGCGGGAGAUGUGUUGAUUCCUUUGGCGGAUGAAUACGAUCCCAUGUUCCCAAAUGACUACGAAAAAGUGGUAAAACGUCAAAGAGAAGAACGACAGAGGCAGCGUGAGCUGGAGAGGCAAAAGGAGAUUGAAGAAAGAGAAAAAAGGCGUAAAGACAGACAUGAAGCCAGUGGGUUUUCAAGGAGACCUGAUCCAGAUUCUGACGAAGAUGAAGAUUAUGAAAGGGAGAGACGAAAAAGAAGUAUGGGGGGCGCUGCUAUUGCACCACCUACUUCUCUUGUUGAGAAGGACAAGGAACCUGUAGCAUCAUUUCCAUAUGAAGAGGAAUCAAGACCUCGGGCACCAUCUUCCAAAGCAGCUAUUCCUCCUCCUGUGUAUGAUGAGCCAGAAAGACCUCGUUCCCCUACAGGACCAAGCAACUCUUUCCUUGCUAACAUGGGAGGGACAGUAGCUCAUAAAAUCAUGCAGAAGUAUGGUUUCAGAGAGGGCCAGGGGCUGGGGAAGCAUGAACAGGGGCUGAGCACAGCACUGUCUGUAGAGAAAACAAGCAAGAGGGGUGGCAAGAUCAUUGUUGGCGAGUCUACAGAGAAAGAAACAGGCAAGAAAGCGGAUUCUAACCCCUUGACUGAGAUACUGAAAUGCCCAACUAAAGUGGUCUUACUAAGGAACAUGGUAGGUGCUGGGGAGGUGGACGAAGAUCUAGAAGUUGAAACUAAGGAGGAGUGCGAAAAAUACGGCAAAGUUGGGAAAUGUGUCAUCUUUGAGAUUCCUGGUGCCCCUGAUGAUGAAGCUGUGAGAAUAUUUUUAGAGUUUGAACGGGUUGAAUCUGCCAUCAAAGCUGUUGUGGAUCUAAAUGGAAGAUACUUUGGAGGCCGAGUGGUGAAGGCUUGUUUCUACAACCUGGACAAGUUCAGAGUGCUGGAUCUGGCAGAGCAAGUUUGAUUUUAAAAACCUAGCCCUAGGUGUCACUGUUUUGGCAAUCAUGUUUUCAGCGGUAGGCUGGGAAUAAAGAAAAAGUAGCUUUCCUAGCAAACUGGAAACAAGCCUCAUUGAAUGGAUUUUUCGCAUUCGUUGUGACUUACGUUUUUUGUAAUAUAAAGCCCUUUGAAAGUAAGAUUCACGUCUGUGUGGUUUUGAAUUGCACAAUUCUGCUUAUUGCUCUGGGGAUCCUGUUUUUUUGAGCUUUCAGAUGGUUUCGUUCUUUUGAAAACCCACUGCCGAGGAGAUGCUUUGCCUGUAUUCCUGCUUUCCUUGUCCUGGUGCUUCAUCAUGGAGUCCCUGUGCUGCAUCCACAAUAAGUGGGAAGCUUUGGAAGAGGACUGUGUGUUAUCAUGCUUUUCUUCCUUGAUGACGUAUCUCAGAAUUAAAGCUGUUCUCUCCCAAGUCCUCCAUCUGCACACCAGAGCGAUUUGGGGUCCUUGGACAGCUGGCAGCUAAUUUGUUCUCUCCUGACUCCAGGACAAUAUGCCAGAAUGGAGACUAAAGUAACAAGGAAUGAGUCUGUCUUCCCACAUCCAAAGAAAAUACACGUUUAACCCAGGGAAAUAGAAGGAGGAAGGAAUUUAAAGCACUGAGCCCUUUGAAUCAGAAUGAGUGGACUUAGCGGGAGCUCUGUGCUGUCAGGAAGUGUUUGCUAGAAAUAUCCAGGGUUAUCUGGUCACAGGUCAUGAUUGAAAUGCUGUAGGUAGAACUGAGGGAAACUCAUUCUUGUAUCUGGCCUGCUAUCAGAUUUUCACUUCCUCUAACCUUACAUAUAGGUAACUAACUUCUUGUUUAAUUGGUUCAAACUUGGCAUUUGUGCUAUCUAUAUAAAUUUCUGUAUUUGAGGUCAAAUAACAUUUGAAUUAGGCUUUUUUUUUGUGGUGUGCCAGACGAAGUUUUCGAAGUAGGAGGCAAUGGAAGAAAACUCUCAAAUGAAAAUCUGAUGAGUUGACAAACUGAGCUACUAAACACUACAACUCUUUUUAUCUGAUGUAAAACAAUACAUAGCACUCUGCUCCUGAUUUCAUGUCUGCUUUUAUUUGGAAGCGGUAUGUGACAAGACUUGCCAAGAGGUGGCUGUGCAAUGAUGGCAGUUGUUCCAUUGCACCUGGAAUUGUGCAGAUAUUAAAAUGGAAGUGAGCUCUGAGGGCAUUUUAGCUGUUUCAAAGCUGAUGCUGGAUGUCUUUUUUUCCUGUUAUAUAGACAUGUUAGGGGGAAGGGGGUCGACACUGUAAAUAUCUCCAGUUAUUGCCCUUUUAUUAAGUUUUGGCCGCAGAUCUAUAUGACAAACCCUUGGUCUUGUGUUUCGCUUAUUUUGUUCGCUCGUGUUCCACCCACCUCUGUACAAACAUUUGCUUGUAAAACAAGAAAACCAUUUUUAAAAAAACCCCUUGUAUUUUACCUACUGUGUGUUGGCUUUUUUACUGUCCUCUUGCACAAGGCCUUCCCACAGAGUCAGUCACUUCCACACCACAUGUGCUGCUGUUGGCAAUAGUUAUAAUUCACCUUUAGAAAACCUCACUGAAGCAGAGGUAAAAAACCAGCCUGACUAACACUAAAACCACAAGACUUGGGGCAAUAACAGAAUCCAAAUUCUGUUCUUGGCUCUGCUGUUAGUUUUCUGUUUAACUUUGAGCAACGCUUUAAGGCCUUUUGCUACUUUGUAGUAAAACAAAGAAAUUAGCUUAAUGUGAAUUAGCAUAGAAUUGCUUGUAAGAGUCAAAUAAUUUGAGUGGCAUGCUGUAGAAAGUAACUGAUAACAGAUUCACUAUGAUCUGAACUUAGCUGGAAAUAUGACUUGACUUUAAGCAGCGUUGUUUAUUUAUGGCUAUUUCAGCAAAUACUGCUGUGUAAGCAUUUCCUAAGGUAUAUAGACUCUUUUCUCUGUCUUAUAGCUGCCUUUUCUGCUGUUAUCUCUGUAAUACCAGCUUCUGAACUUCCAGUUUAAUGAGUUGGAAGUCUUCCAUUUGCUGAGAAUCGCUUCACUGGCAAGUUUUGAACCAUUUAGUUCUGAAAAUCCAUAUUGUGGUUGAAGACUUCUGGAUAAAGUUUACCCCUGGAAAUGUACGGGUGAGGACUUGUUCAUUUAGUGCUUUGUGUAAGAGAUUCAUUCUGUAAAUAAAGUAUUUUUCUGUA